AUGCUUAAAACCAACCUUAUUACGCUGUUGGCCCUGACAGCUUCAGUCGCCCCGGGUGUCAACGCAGUUAAGGAGAUUAACUUUCUAACUUGCUUCUUUGCAGGCAAGUACUUUUCGCUUGACUACACCAACUUUUUCGGAGGAAGAGUUUGGACCCGGUGUUGGGCAGAUAGGGGCGACAAGGACAUGCGCCAGACCUCUGUUGUGUCAUACUCAUCGGGGAAUAAUGCCGGAUGGUUCGAAUACGAACCUGGUGACGGAUCCAGGUAUAAGCACACGUUCCAAAAAAAUUCUGGUGUACGCAAACGCAAGGGCAAAUACGACUGGGGAUUAGUCCUGAAGAUUCACAUCGAUUAA